AUGCUCAAGAAUAUCACACAUCAAAUACGGCAUUUCCCAAGAGCAGAAUGUCAAACCAACAAGAAUAGUCUUUGCAGCGAGCUAAACACUUUAUCAACACUCAUUUCUAAACAAUUACAUUCUUCAGCCAUUAAUGCAUCAUCACCAAAAGGGGAAAAGAUUCUUCAAGCAAUUUUUGCUCCAAAACGUCAGUUACGCUCGAAACUUCCAUUCAAAUUCCCAACAAAGCUGAGUUUAAGAAAGGAAAAGCCAGUGUAUGUGACCAGAAGUCUUUAUAAUGACACUAAAACUGAGGAAUGGGUUUGUCAUGAUAGAAGUCUACCAAUUGAGUUUUCAGUGAAAAAAGGCCCCAAGUAUACUGAAGUUACACAGACAAAAAUCACGAAUCAAUCAGGACCAAUCGUUUCACUGCGAGGAUAUGGAAUAAUUGGAGAACGCACUGUUGAGGGAAAGCUUAUCACUAAAAGCAGACAUUAUGAUGAUGGUAGAUUCACAAGAAGUAUUGUAAGAAAAGUCAGAAAGGUUAACAAAUAUGAUGAUGGUGCUGUGUUUACAGAAGAGCGUACUGAAACAUGUGUUCCAGAUACAGAUCCCAAUGCACCACCAGGAGCGCUCAUCCAAACAGGAGAACUUGUUAAAGAACGCAGUGCACCAUUUAAACUGAAAGGUGACCUUUACGAUAAUAGCUGCAACAACUUUUUGCAGAUUUCUUCACUUGAAGCUUCGAAAAUAAAGUAG